GUGUAAUGAGUGUCUGUGGCUCGGGGUGGUGAUGAGCGCGAUGUCGAGCGAGGUAGACCCCGUGAAGGUGGAAGGGGUUCACGUGUCAGUCACCACUAUCAGCAUGUCCGGCCCGGAGACCAAUAACGUGAAGUUUUCGUACAGCUCAAGUGGGGUGCGCAUCAGUGUGUCCUCGGACCCGCACGAUGAGGACUCCACCGACGCCGAGGUCUCCAAGAUCGACUUCACACAACAUCAAAACGAGGUGAAUAUGCGCAACAAGAAGAAAAGGCCAGCCAGCGGCGCACAAGCCGAGCCUCAGUCCAGCGACCGCGAGAGGCCCAUGUCCUGGGAGGGAGAGCUGUCGGACUCCGAGAUGGUUAUAGACACCAGCGUUAAUAAUGACGAAAACAGCAGUUCUUUAGACCUGCAGUCGUCGCGGGAUUCCAUCGACACGCUGCGCAACGUCACCAUCAAAACGGAGCCAAAAACCGAGGCCUUCCAGAGCCUGGAUGACCACAGAGCGUUGGACCUCAAGUACCCCGCGCUGCAGCCGCAUCAGAGGAGCCUCAGUAUGAACAGGAUAUCAGUCCUCACAGACAACACCUCCCUCUCGUUAGCCAGGCGGCCUUCCUCUCCCAGCAGCGCCACGUCACUGGUCCUCGACCAGAACAACGUGCCAAUCAUGCCGCAGACCUCGCUAGGGGAGGUGCAGAACUUGACCAUCAAGAAGGAAACGCAGCUCUCAGAGCUAAAAUGCGAGCCCUCUGUAGGCAUGGACAAGCUGUUAGGCGCCUUGCACGGAUCACCCUUACUGGGCCGGCUACCACGGGUCCAGUCUAGCGCCAGUACCGACUCUGCAGUGCAUUCCAUGUACACGCACAGUGUAUACAGCAGUCCUUCGGCCAGUCCUCGGGCCUCGAGGCACUACACGCCGUCUCUGUCGCGCAACAAUAGCGACGCCUCGCACUCCUCCUGCUACUCGUACAGUUCGGAGUUUUCGCCCACGCACUCGCCUGUACAGGGCCGACACCCGCAUGUGGUAUACCGAGAAGCGACGGCGCCGGUGUUUCCCGCGUCGCCCGCGCACGACGAGGACACGGAAACUGAUGACAGGCUGCACCAUCAUCAGGGUAUCAGCCGGCAGCAGCUUAUCAACAGCCCCUGCCCCAUCUGCGGCGACAAGAUAAGCGGCUUCCACUACGGCAUAUUCUCGUGCGAAUCUUGCAAGGGUUUCUUCAAGCGGACGGUGCAGAACCGCAAGAAUUACAUGUGCUUGCGCGGCGGGAACUGUCCGGUGACCGUGGCUACCAGGAAGAAGUGCCCGGCGUGUAGAUUCGACAAGUGCUUAGGGUGCGGGAUGAAGCUGGAAGCAAUAAGAGAGGAUAGAACGCGCGGCGGUCGCUCGACGUACCAGUGCUCGUAUUCGCUAUCUGGUGCCGCGUCUACGGGCUCGCUGCUAUCCGCGCACGUGCCGUCUACGCUGCGACAUGCGAAUAGUCUCACUUGCGUAAAUGGCCCCGGGUCAUAUAACAGUAGAGGGGAAUCGAGUAACAGUCGACUCACGCCUGACAUACCCCCAUUAUUGCAGGAAAUAAUGGAAGUGGAGCAUCUAUGGCAAUACAACGAGUCUGAACUGAACCGACUGGGCAAGUCCCCGGGGAGUCCCUCAGCGAACCCGCUGCUGGCCGCCAGCGGGAUCACCGCGCAGAACUCCAGCCCGGACUUCUUGGCCGACCUGUGCAACAUCGCGGACCACAGGCUGUACAAGAUCGUCAAGUGGUGCAAGAGCUUGCCGCUAUUUAAGAAUAUUUCUAUUGACGACCAGAUCUGUCUGCUGAUCAACAGCUGGUGCGAACUGCUGGUGCUGUCUUGCUGCUACCGCGGCGUGGGCACUCCUGGAGAAGUGCGCGUGGGCGGAGGCCGCGGCAUCACGCUGGACCAGAGUGCCAAGCUGGGCUUGACACCGUGUAUAGAGAGAAUGUUAAGCUUCACCGACCACUUGAGAAGACUACGAGUAGACCGAUACGAAUACGUAGCGCUGAAAGUCAUCGUCCUUCUGACGUCAGAUACACCCGAACUCCGCGAGUCAGAAAAAGUGCGAGCGUCGCAAGAGAAAGCGCUCGCAGCGCUUCAAGCGUACACAGCGGCGCACUCGCCAGAUACUCCCGCUAAGUUCGGAGAGUUGCUCCUGCGCAUACCGGAGCUACAGCGGACUUGCCAGUUUUUCAUGCAAGUCGGCAAAGAAAUGCUCAACCCGGCGAACAAAGGUAAAGAUGGGGAGGGGCCAAGCUUCAACCUCCUUAUGGAACUAUUAAGGGGGGACCAUUGACCCCCACCCCCCACUUUACGGUCAAACUUCGAGCCUGUUGACAGGUUUAUGAAACAUAUUGCUCAAGAGUAAAAAUGAAAUUCUAGUUUUCUACGACGAUUAAUCUUAGUCACGUCAUUGUCAUCAUAGACAGAGUGUCUAUCAUCAACAUCGCAUCAUCACUUAGAUUUGAGAUGAUCAUUUAAGGACGUCGCACAUUUAUCAACCCGGAAAGGGAUCGUAACCGUAUCAACUCGAGGCGGUCAAGUAUUCUUUUUAUGAAACUCCAUACUGCAACGCA